UAACUUCAUUUGAUGACUAUAUUGAAAGAUCCAAGCCUGGAUAAGAUUCAAUCUAUUAUUUAGCUGGUGAAAAUAAAGAAUAAUUAUUGGCAUCUCCAAUUAUUCAAGGAUUAAUUAAAAAAGGAUAUGAAGUAUUAUUGUUGGAAGAUCCAGUUGAUGAAUUCACAUUUUAACAUUUGAA